AUGACAAAAACAGACGACGCCCCCAGCAUCGAGUCCGUCGAUGCCUUCGCUCGGCAGCUGUAUCGACGCACUCGCGAUGCUGGCACCGAUUUUGUCGACUUGGCAAUAGCCAUCCACAACCUACACACCAAACUGAAGCACCUCGACGACGAAGCCCAAGACCACGACUCGCCCCUUCACGACCAGUCAGAUUCUGUCGGUGGCGUGACACAAGCCUCCGUUUACACGAGGCAGCUAAGACCUCUCAUCGAAGAUAGUGAUUUUGCUCUAAGGCAGGUCAGCACAGUCCUCGAGAAGCACAGGGAACUUGCCUCAACGGGAGGAACAAGAAGGGACUCGGACCUGUCAGAUACGGCCCGCAAGAUCGAUCUCAUUCGAGGAGAUGUUGUUUCCCAGGCCAUGAAGAUCGAUAUCUUUCUUGACACCGUUCAGCUACACAACCCUGGGAAACCACAACCUGCCCCUGAGAACGUCAACGACCAACAAAUGGAUGAGAUCAAAAACAAGGUGGAUGCUGUCGCCAACCGUUUGUUUGCCCAACAGAAGGACCGCUCACCCAUAGAGGCGGAUGAAGAUGAGCUAUGGCGCAGUUUCAAGACUGAGCUGGAGCGGGAGGGCUUUUCGCCUGAAGUGUUGCGCAAAAAUAAGGACGUCCUUCGUGCAUACAUUCGCGAGCUUGAGUCUCACCAACCGCUUGGUGGCGGUACACCGCCAUCGGUUCGCGGGUUGCUUGAGUGGGAUGCUCAACCACCAAUGACUGGCGCAUCUGCGUCGUACCCAAUUCGUGAUGGAGAGUCGAAGCCCAAUCCGGACACCGGCCUUCCCGGCAAUGGGGGGCGGCGGCGCGUACCGACGUCUGAACAGGCUGAUCAUACACCCCUUUACCCCCAGCCAGCUUCUCCCGCCCUUCCCCAGCUGAGCUUUGAGCAGUCCACCUCGUCCAAGUUGUCUGAAACCGAACACAGCCCGACAUCUAGCACGGCUCUAAUAUCGACUAGAGAACUCAUGGCUUUUGAUCGUUAUUCGACCGGAAAGGUCGCUGCCCUCACGGCUGUGGGCGCCUCCCUCUUGUCGCCUACUCGCUCCCCAUUUUAUUUCAUCUCACCGGGCACGUCCCCAAACACGAGAUACCUACCGCCGGGAGCUCAACCGUUACCAAUCCCGGGUGCUGUCGCGCCUGGCCGUGAUGGGCAACCGGUAGUAGUACCUCCUCCUCCCUACUCGAGCGGCUUAUCCCCAGGCUCGCCGCCGCCUCCCUACGGCAGCAGUUUGACUACUUCCGCCUCAGAUGCUGUUUGGGAUCUCGCGACGCUGCCAGCCUCGGCUCCCGCCGCCGAUAAUGGCAUGCAGCAGUACCAACCUCCGGCACGGCAACAGAGCCACCUCGCUCCAGACAGCAAGGGCCAGACCAUCCCCUUGGACGCCACUUGGACCAAAAUUGACCGCAAACUGGUGUCUCCCGAAGUACUAGAGAAGGCAGGCGUGCGGUACGAAGCCCGCCCCAGCUUCGUCGCUGUGCUUGGCAUCUUGACGCGCGAGCAAAUCGAGGAGUACGCGCGAAAGAGUUUCGAGGUGCGCAACGCGAGGAGCUCCCCCGCAGCCAGAGCUGCCGAUGCCGAGAACCGGGCCCGCCAGGAAACGUACGGUGACCACUAUAGAAAGAGAGGUGGCGGCGGCAGUGGCGGCAAGGGGUUGGCGAGAGACAACGGGUCAGAUGCGCUUUUCGAUGCUAGCGAGAGCGACAACGAGGACGGCGGAACCCGUCGCGGGGGAGUCCCACGGGCUCACGACCGCAACCGAUACACACCAAAGGACUACAUCCCAAAUCGGGACAAGCACCUCGAUAGCGAAGAUGAUGAAAAGGGAUCCAAGAUCUAUCCAAUCAUCGUGUCCCCGCCAGCGAGCGUCAAUGGCGACAGCCUCUCGCCCUCGAGCACAGUGCCGCCGAAGCCGAUACUGAAGAACAAGAACCCGAAUCAUGUGCGAUUCGACCGCAGCGGACCGAGGGAGAUCUCGCCGGCGCAGUAUUCGGACCGCCAUCGCGACCGGGAACGGGACCGGGACCGGCCCCGGGACAGGGAGCGGGAUAGGGAGAGGCCGAGGUGGGAUAGGUCCCGGGAGAGGUCAACGGAUAGGUCACACGGGGCUGAUGGGGAACGAGACAAGGAGAGAGACUGCGAAAGGGACCGCGAGAGAGACCGGGAUGCCGACCACCGCUCGACAAGACGCCAUUCGGAAAGGGACCGAGACAGAGACCGAGAUCGAGACCGUGAUCGAAACCGGGAUCGGAACCGCGAUAGGGAUAGAGAGAGGGACAGAGAUCGUGAUCAUGAUCGUGAUCGUGACCGCGACCGUGACCAAAGAGGACGCGGAGAAGAUGACCGGCCUUCGAGGAAAACGGCCCUGAAGGAUGCUGCUGGUGCCAUUGGCGUUAGCGGUGCCGCGGCUACGCUGCUAAGCGUCUUGACGCAGGCCGUGACCCAUCUCUAA